UGCCAUCCUUCAAGAAGAAGAACUCACAGAGAUCCUUUAACACGAAGAUGUCUCACUACGAAGGGCUGAACACGAUUGCUCCAAAGAUCGCCUCCUAAAGAGAGCAUCGGAAGCAUCAGCCUCGGUGGAGACCUGGACCAGGACCUGGAUCUGGACUGUGGUGCGGCCGGAAUCUGGUUCUGGGGGGCUUUCCAGUGUGAUGCCGCCGUGUGAUGGGAGCAUCCGCCGCGUAGGAUGGGCAACAAGCAGACGACCUUCACCGAGGAGCAGCUGGAGGCGUAUCAGGACUGCACCUACUUCACCCGAAAGGAAAUUCUGAGGCUUCAUGGACGAUUCCGUGAGUUGGCUCCACAUUUGGUGCCGCUGGACUACACCAACAACCCUGACGUCAAAGUCCCUCUGACCCUCAUCGUCACCAUGCCGGAGCUGAAGGAGAACCCGUUCAGGGAAAGAAUCGUGGAGACGUUCUCUGAGGACGGACAGGGGAACCUGAGCUUCAACGACUUCGUUGACAUGUUCUCUGCUCUCUGUGAGGCUUCGCCGCGGGAGCUGAAGACCAUCUACGCCUUCAAGAUCUACGACUUUAACAGGGACAACUUCAUCUGUAAGGAGGACAUGGACAAAACCCUGAACAAGCUGACCAAAGGAGAGCUGACGGCAGAGGAGGUCGCCCUGGUGUGCAACAAAGCCAUCGAGGAGGCCGACCUGGACGGAGACAGCAAGCUCUCCUUCGCCGACUUUGAGAACAUGAUCUCUAAAGCUCCAGACUUCCUCAGUAACUUCCACAUCCGAAUAUGAGCCUGGACCUCGCAGAGAUCCUGCAGACAACAGAGGUCUCAGUCGGAUCUGUUUCCGCCUGACAGUUGGACUCUCAGCCCGGUCAGGCUGGACCGGACCCAGUUCUCCAUGCGCGGUUCUGCAGAGCAGGACUGAAGGGACGUCUGCGUUCUCCAGGACAUGGACCGCGUGUUCUCCCGUGUAAAAGCACACCUCCUAAGGGCACACAGUGAGGAGCUAUGCAAUCUUCUGGGUGAUGUGCAUGUUGUAUAGCUUCCAGCUGGCGCGUUUGUACUUCUGCUGAAGCGAGGCGUUCUCGUGACAAUCAUCGUAAACUACAGCUCAGCUGAUGGAAGGGCUCUCUGUUCUAAGUCUGGCUUUGAUACUUUCGCUCUGUUUUCCUUCAGACUUGAUGGUUUUUGGCUAAAGUCAAAUAAAAGAUUUUCCUGCUGCUUGA